UUGAACGGUUGUUAAGACUCAGGAGAUGAGAUUUUUUGUAGUGGAUAAUGCAUGCCUUGUUCACAUAGCAGACCCAAGAAACUCCGAGCAUAUUACCAAGAUGCAUUUAGUGAGAGAAACCAGAAUGCAUUAAUAAGUUCCAUGGCUCUGACAACUCACUCUAACACCAGUUUAUUUCUGUCACAGAGGAAAACAUCCCGAAUAUCCUCCUCGCAAUGGCUGUUUAUGAAACCCGAUUCAUUCCCACACAUUUCACGCUUCUCCGUUUGUGAAACCCUAUUAUCUAGGGUUUCCGCCAAGAGCAUUUCUUACAGGAGCUGUGGGCGAUCGGGUCCUUGCUUUUAUCCUCUGAAAGCAGCAGCCUCGGCUGAUGGAUUCUCAGAUGAACAGUCAUUUCAUAACGAAGAGGAGUUUGAAGAAGAUGGAAUUAGUGGAAGGCACUCAAAAUGGAGAUUUAGGGGUUCUUUGGAGAAGUUGCAGAGGGCUUUUGAAGUGGUCUGGUCGGUGUUACCUGGUGGAAGCUGGUGGAGAGUUGGUAAUUCAGUUGAAGGGGAUGCCAAGAAAUCGGUGACGGUGUUUUUUGCAUUGCGUAAGAUGUGGGAUCUGGUUUCUGAUGAUAGAUGGGUCAUCAUCGGUGGUUUUGCAUCCGUAAUUGUUGCAGCUGCUUCUGAGAUUUCAAUACCAAACUUCUUGACAGCUACUAUAUUUUCUGCACAAAAUGGCCCAACUUCCAUAUUCCAAAAAAAUGUGCAGCUCUUGAUCCUGAUGUGUUGUACUUUUGGAAUAUUCAGUGGGAUCCGGGGUUGCUGCUUUGGAAUUGCGAAUAUGAUAUUGGUCAGGCGUAUGCGAGAAAAGUUAUACUCAGCUCUCCUUUUUCAGGAUAUUUCUUUUUUCGAUAUGGAAACAGUUGGUGAUUUGACCAGUAGACUUGGGUCAGAUUGUCAGCAAGUAUCUCGUGUUAUUGGGAAUGAUCUGAACUUAAUUUCACGCAAUGUCCUUCAGGGUACAGGUGCAUUUAUUUACUUGGUGACCUUGUCUUGGCCGCUGGCAUUGUCCACUUUGAUGAUAUGCUCUGUGAUAUUGACAAUAAUGUUCUUUUAUAGCAAAUACCAGAAGAAUGCUGCUAAGACAUUCCAAGAGUUUCUAGCUUCUGCCAAUGAGGUUUCUCAAGAGACAUUUUCAUUGAUGAGGAUUAUUCGCUCUUAUGGAACAGAGAAGCAAGAAAUUGAAAGAUAUGUAGGAGUGCUGAAGAAACUUGCUGACAUCAGCUUGCGUCAAAGUAUAGCUUAUGGGCUUUGGUCAUUGAGCUUCAACAGCCUUUAUCAUGCUGCCCAGGUGGUUGCUGUUCUUAUUGGUGGAGCUUCUAUUAUGGCGGGCCACAUUACUGUAGAGCAACUGACAAAGUUCAUCUUGUACGCAGACUGGUUAAUUUAUUCAACUUGGUGGGUUGGAGACAAUUGGUCAAAUUUAAUGCAGUCAGUGGGGGCUAGUGAAAAGGUUUUCCGCCUCAUGGAUCUACUUCCUAGCGAACAAUUCUUAUUGAAUGGUUUGAAAUUGCCUCAAGUUGUGGGUCAUAUUGAAUUUGUGGAUUUGUCAUUUUGUUACCCUUCAAGGGAGAAGGUACCUGCUUUGCGGCAUGUAAACUUAUCGAUAUAUCCAAAAGAGGUGGUUGCAAUUGUUGGACUUAGUGGUAGUGGGAAAAGUACUUUAGUUAAUUUGCUGCUUCGGCUGUAUGAACCUACAAGUGGUCAGAUAUUAAUCGAUGGUUUUCCACUUAGCGAGUUGGACAUCAAAUGGUUCAGAGAGAAUAUUGGAUUUGUGGGACAGGAACCACGCCUUUUUAGAAUGGACAUCAGUUCAAACAUAAGAUAUGGGUGCACCAGGGAAGUCAGUCAUGAAGAUGUUGAGCGGGCUGCUAAGCAGGCAUAUGCCCAUCAUUUCAUUUCUUCUCUCCCGAAUGGUUAUGAAACCCUUGUUGAUGAUGGCCUGCUUAGCGGGGGACAGAAACAGCGUAUCGCCAUUGCAAGGGCCAUUCUCAGGAACCCUGCUAUUUUGAUUCUUGAUGAAGCCACAAGUGCAUUAGAUGCAGAGAGUGAACAUCAUGUUCAGGGAGCUCUGUAUGCAGCGAUGAAAGGACCUGAGACAAAAAGAACAGUGAUUGUCAUCGCUCAUAGGCUAUCCACAAUACGAGCUGCUGAUAGGAUAAUAGUAAUGGACGGAGGACACAUUGUUGAGAUGGGUGAGCAUUCGGAGCUUCUUGGUAUGAAUGGGAUAUAUGCAAGAUUGACUAGAAGACAGGUAGACGCUCUUGUGUAACCUACUUCAUAUCCGAGACAAAAAGCUUGCAUAUCGAUGUUGGGGAUGUUUGCUUCAGUUUAAUGGCUACGAUAUAUUGUUUAGAAAUUAGGAAAGAUGCCAUUUAUGAAAAUUCUCCUUGUUUUGAGCUCUUCAAUUGUCUUAAAUUCUUUGUAUGAUACGAGCUGAGCUCAGUUUUUUUAUGACAUUUCAUUAUUAAACUGGAAGUAGUGUUUAAUCA